AUGAAUCACCACACUUGGGAUGCUUACAGCAGAAGUUAUUUAAACAUUUAAAAAAAUCCGGCUUCAUUUUAACUGUCUUUAAUGAAUAUGCUGAGAUUUGAAGAAGCAGAAGAGAUUUUAGAUGCAGGAUGUGCAGGCGGACAAUUACAUUAAUAUAUUCUACAAUAAAAGAAAAACAAUUGUAAAUUGGCUGCAUGUGAUUUUUCUAUUGAGAUGGUCAAACUAGCCGCAGCAAGAAUGCUAAAAUUUUUAAAUAAUCCACUCCAUGGAGGAAUUUCAGAAAUCAGCCCUGAAGAAAUUGAAAAUGCUGAUCUAAGUACCUUUGAUAUAUCAUCAUUAGAUUGUCCAUUGUUAGAAUAAAAUAACUAUAAAAUUUUUUAGGGAGAUGUCCAGUCAUUACCAUAAUUGAAUAACAAUUAAUUUGAUAUAUAUAUAUCAAAUAUGGUGAUACAUUUGGUAGAGAAUAAAGAUUAAGCAAUACAAGAGGCUUUCAGAGUACUCAAGCCUGGAGGCAAAAUAGGAAUUGUAAUUCCUGUUGCUUCCGGAAAUGUAAUGAUGAAAACAUUGACUAAAUGCUUUAUAGAAGCUGGUUUAAUUAAAGAAAUACCAUUUAAACCAACUAAUAUUGAAACAAGAGAAGAUAUAAUAAAUUUUAUGAGUAAACAUGGUUUCUAAGAUAUAAUAUGUUGGAAUCAAACCAUUCCGUUUGAUCUUUUUGAAAUUAAUGAUAAUUACAUUUUCCCCUAAUUUAAAGAAAUUCUAGAUAAAGCUCCAAAAGAAUAAGUGGAUUAAUUCUAUGCAUUAUAUAAAUAAGAAAUAUCAAAUAGAUUGACUUAAAAUCUUCCAUUUACAGUUGAAUCAUUGUCCUUGAUAGCUAAAAAACCAUUAUGA